AUGACAUUUGAUAAAGAGCAUAAUACAGAUCCAACUAAAGUUCGAGUGUUCAUUGUUCGCCAUGGGCAGACGUCAUGGAACAAUCUCAAAAUCUUACAGGGACACAAAGAUGUACCACUUAAUGAUCGAGGGCUAGAACAGGCUAGAUUUGUCAGUCUGAGAAUGAAGGAUCUCGAUAUAGACGAGUUUGUUAGUUCUGAUUUGAGCCGCUGUGUUCAGACUAUGAAUGAGAUCACAUCGGCACAUCGUGAGAAACCUAACUUCAAGCUGAGAUACACAUCCAAUCUGAGGGAGCGAUCCAUGGGUCCCGUAGAGGGAAUGCCCCUAUCGGAAGCUAAAGAGAAAUAUGGUGCCCAAUUUAAGGAAAUGGGAGAAACGAGAGUAGAGCUUUUGACACGGCUGCAAAAUGAGUGGAGCCGAAUUAUAGACGAGGCCACUGCGAAUGGAUACACCAGUGUACUAAUUUGCACCCACGGAGGCGUGAUCACCAACUUCACCAAUCAUCUUCAUAAAUCAUAUGCCUACACAUUGGCUUCCGGCCUACAGGAAGAAGAUCUGAAAGUUCCAAGCAACACCAGCGUGACAAUAAUAGAUGUCGACAAAGCCACCGGAAAGGGAACUAUUGUGAAAUUUGGGUCGGCCGAACAUUUGCAUGGCCAUGUCGAGACUGUUGAUCAAGACUUGAGAUAA